ACCAGACGGCGCCUCUAGUACGACGUCACUCGUGUAUCUAUAGUUUCCUUCUGUUUUGAAACCCAAGCUUAGUGAUUUAGUUCCUUGAGAAAUAUUAUAUACGCGAAAAGUGUUUUAAACUGGAAAUCAACACACUCUUAAAGAUGGAAAAGAGGGUUGCUUUGGAAUUAAGAGGAAGAAAUCCUUCACAGGUAAAAGAAUUAAACCUGGAUAAUUGCAGGAGCACCAAUAUAGUUGGUUUAACAGAUGAAUAUAUCAAUCUUGAAAAUCUCAGUCUCAAUAACGUUGGUCUCACAACACUCAAAGGUUUCCCAAAACUGCCCAAGCUCAGGAAAUUAGAGCUCUCUGACAACAGGAUAUCCAACGGAUUAAACUUUCUCAAUGGGUGUAAAAAGCUAACACACCUUAACUUAUCAGGGAACAAAAUAAAAGAUUUAGAUACUCUCAAGCCAUUGGAGGACUUUGAACAUUUAAAGAAUCUUGAUUUGUUUAACAAUGAAGUCACUAGUAUUGACGAAUACAGGAGUAAGGUGUUCGCACUUCACCCCUCCUUAAAAUAUUUAGAUGGAUUUGACAAACAAGAUAGAGAAGCUGAGGACAGUGAUGCAGAGGAAGAAGAUGAAUUAAAUGGAGAUAAUGAGAGUGAAGAAGACGAUUUGGACAUAGAUUUGGGUCCGUUGGUGAUAAAUGAUGAUAGCAUAUCAGAAAGACCAGCAGACGAGAGAACCUCUCUUCCAAUGAUAUUAUACACUGUUUAUGGUCUUCUAUUCCACAUGGGUUUUCUUUUAAAGAGUACAGAUGUGGAAGAAGAAGAGGAGGAUGAUGAGGAUGUUUCACUCAGUGCAGUCUACAAUGAUAAUCUUGAAGAGGAGAGCUCUGCCAGUUCUUUAUACGACGGAAGCGACGCAGAGGAAGAUGACGAGGAUGUAGACGACGAGGAAGUAGAAAACGACCGUGAGGGAAAUCAAAAUUCUAAAGUACAAGAUGGUGAGGAGAAUGCAGACGGAGAGCCAGAAGAGAGCACUCGGGGUAAAAAACGGAAACACGAGGACGACGACGAAAAUUGAGUGUUGCCUUAAGCGGAAUUAUCUUACUAGUUUGUAAGUGUACAGCGCUCCGAUGCAUCGGACAAUAAACCUGUUCACAAUCACGAAAACCCUCAGUCAUCCCCGUAGACUAGUUGUCAUUCGUGAGAUCGAUACCCGAUACCCAAUGAGGCUAGACUAAAUUGCUUUCACUCUAGUGGUUAACGCGUCCCUGGACGUCGUACAAUUUGAAGUUUUUUCUAUCAUUGAUUAAUGUUGAUGUCCCAAUGGACAUUGUGUGAAAUCUGUAGUUUGUUGUCCGACAGUUAAUGUUUCAAUUAAAUUGUUUAUGUAAUAAUCAUUUUUUAUUCUAUUGAUAUGCUUAAUUUUAGUCUAAUCAUUGAAAUGGAAGUGCAUGAUUAUAGGUUAAAAUAGCUCUCAUUUGAUCUACAGUUAUGAUGAAUUGUAUUAAUUAGCUGUAAGAAAAGAACAUAAGUAAAUUGUUAGAAAAAACUGUUCCAAAAUUGCCCUUGGAAAUACAACUUCAAUUCUGAUAUGGGCGCCGCCUGUUUUUUGAUGACCAAGUUAGACUGAUAAAGACAUACAAAAAAUUUAAAAUCUAUGACAUUGGUGUCAAUUUUCGUGUAGAAAAUUAUUUACUAUAAUUAUGAUAAUAAUGUGGAAUAUCCAACAACAUCCAUGAUUUCGAGUUUAUAAGGUAAAAGAGGGAGAUUUAAAUAUUUUUACAAGAACAAAAGCUAAAGUAAUGCCCUCAUAAAUAUUUAUUUGUAUUUUCUCAGAAUUAUUUAUCGCUAAAUCUGUUAUAUUCUCGCCAAACUCUCUGUCUGUAUUGCGCGAGACUUUACCCGAAUACCAAUUUUAGCCAUCGGCGGAGGGAGGUAUGCUUUAUUCUUUUGCUCGGAAUUCAGUUGCCGACCGCCAUUGAGUUUUGCGAGAACUGUUAUAGUUCUGUAUUAUUAACCUUUAUGCCGCCACGGCUUUGUAUGAACAAUGCAGCUAAUACCAUGAUUGGAUGCUUGUACAAUCUAAUGAGUGCUUUUAUUAUAAUUUGACGUGCUAUUUCCCUCCGGAUUUAGCUACUUAUUAGUUAAGAGGAGAAUCCCGUGACAAUUGACCAUAUUUUUAAGAACUAGCGCGGAAUAAACGCUGCCGCUGUACUGCGGUUUCACACAUUUUUCCCUAAAAUGUACCGUCAAGGCUUAGCCAGAUCUACGCUAGUCCAAAAGAAAUAUGUUUUGAGUACAUUAUUUUAGUAAGAUAGCAGUAAGUAGCCUGGCGGUCAAAGGUUAAUGUGACAAUAUUUUAUCAAUAUUGUUUAAAUGCGCAGAUUAAUAAAUUUCAAGAUACAAUCAAUCACAAUGGGAUUCAAAAAUGCAAUAUCAAAUUAUUCGUAAUCUCACUAAUGAUAACUGAACAUUUUCAGUAAGACAAGAAACAAUUUUCAAUGGGCGUAGUAAAAUAUCGUAAUCUGAUUAAUUAGAUCAAAUCUUUGAUGUCUGAUGAGUUCAGAGAGUAUUUUUCUACAAUCUUUUUAAAUUUUAAAAAUAGCAAUUAAUGCACUUAUGAAUAUCAAUGAAAUGUUUGGUUGAUGCAUCAUGGUCAACGUGCCAGAUAUGUUGAAGAGAAUUUUAGUUAAUAAUUUUAUUAUAUUGUGUAAGUCAUUAAGUUUAAGUAAUUUACAACUUUGGCCUGUUGAUAUAUAUUAUAUAUAAUCCUAUUAAGACUUUAUUUCUGGGAUUGUAAAAUAAAAGCUAAAUAUAA